CUUGUGUGUCAUAAAUAUAGACGUCUACAACGGCUAGCUAGCUAAAGAGCAGAUUUUUAACUGCAUUCAGUACACAUUUAUGCAAAAGCACCAUCAUGUGUGAGGGACCUUCUGUAUUAUCUGGGCCUAUUCCACCAGACCCCUCACUUUUCCCUGAAUACUACAAACGACCAGUCUCUGCCCGAGGUCGUCUGGAAGGGAAUUCUUGGGGUGAAUCUUUAGCCCUGCUGAAUGGGCCUUUAGCUCCAGAUCCUGCUUUGUACCCAGGGUGUUACAGUGCCCGCGUGCCUCACCUGCCCCGUGUUGGCCCCAAUGCUACACACAUCCUAGAAAGAAACCAGAAAGGAGAGGUGGGAGCCCUUCUUAAACUGGAGGGCAUCUCCCUGACCCCCAGCACCCCUAAACACACACCUGCAAAGCGCGAUUAUGGCAAAGAGAAUGUGCGCAGGCUGCGAGAGAUCCAAAGACGCUUCCGUGAGCAGGAGGCACAGAAGGAGCAUGCAAAGCCAGUACCUGUUAAAGCUCUUUGGACUUCGCCCAAAUACCAGGACAUCUCGUCUAGGGUCAUGGCCCAGUUACAAGAGAAAAGCCCACCAAAGAGGCCAGAGUGCCAGAACUUUCUAAGGGCCCACUCACUCUGUGGUACCGGCAGUCGACCUCAGCCUUGUUGGGCACGUUCAACUCCAGCUCUGUCCUCAGCAGCCAGCCCAAAACCUGACGCAACAGAUUCAGAGUUCCAGGUCAAAGGCCACAUGGUGGAUUUUGUGAGACAUAAUGCACGUGCUGCUGGAAAAACUGUAAUAAGACGCUCCCAGUCCAUGCAGAACCUGCGUGACAAACAGCCACCAAGCAGUGUCAAAGGCCGUGUGCCACAGUAUUUGGAGGAGAGAAAGGAGCAGUGGCGAAGGGAGGAGGAGGAGAAGAAAAAGAACAUGCCUGAUCCUUCUGUACCUGCUGGGCACUCUCAGAUGUUAGACAGAGAGAGGCAGGAAACUUUGAAGACGCUGAAAGAGACUCACAAGUCUCUGGUAAGUGAGCUGCUCUCUCUCCCAGUCAGGGCCGAUACAUUGAGUGUGCGUUCCCGCCGCGCAGUGCUCGACCAGCGUCUCUCUGAAAUUGAGGAGGCCAUUAAGAUAUUCUCUCGUGAUAAAGUAUACAUUAAAAAUGACUCAUAACAUUCUAUUUAUUCUGUGAUUAUUGCAUUCUGUGUUUAUUGCUUUUGUGUGUGUGUGUGUGUGUGUGUGAGAGAGAGAGAGAGAGAGAGAGAGAGAGAGAGAGAGAAAUUGCCUCAUUUAAUCUUAUUUAAUGGUGCAGUUCAUAGAUCUUCAUAGUUAGAGCAUAUACAUAUUGUUCACUCAGAAUAAAGCAAGCUGCAUGAUAGAAUUGUGUACAUUUAUUUAGAAAGUGUGGAAAUAUAGACUUUAGAACAUUAAAUGCACAAUAGGUAAACCUUUAUUUUCAAUCUUAUAAAGACCUAUAUGUUAUUUAUCCCACAAGUGUUACGCUGAUAUUUAUUCUUACAAGGUGACAGUUCAACCUGGAGUGUUAAAUUGUGGAUAAAAUUGUGCUUGGAAUAAUAACUUUUCAUUCACUGAAUUAAUCUUAAUUGUCUUGUAGAUAGCUGCAUUAGCUAAAUACCCUAUAUACCGUUAUAAUCUUCAUUGUAACUUAAUUAAAGCACUGACAUGGAUGCACUAUAAAUUCAUAUGUCUUUAUAAAUUCAUAUGUGCUGAUUCCUGAUCGACGUGCUAUGUAGUUACCAUGGAAUCAUUGUGUGUUGCGUCAUAAUGUGUAAAUAAA